AUGGAACAGAACGAGGCGAGUUUACAAGCAGCUACUGCUCAACAGCCAGUAUCAGUAGGAAUAGAUGCUGAUGGUUUUAUCUUUCAGCUCUACUCUUCUGGUGUAUUCACAUGCUUCUGUGGAAACCAUCUUAACCAUGGAGUGACUAUUGUUGGAUAUGGAGAAGAAGAUGGUCAAAAGUUUGGCAUUGAGUCUAGUGAUACAUCAUUUAACACUAACAUUGAAGAUUCACUCUAUACUACUAAAUCAAAACACAUGGAACAGAACGAGGCGAGUUUACAAGCAGCUACUGCUCAACAGCCAGUAUCAGUAGGAAUAGAUGCUGAUGGUUUUAUCUUUCAGCUCUACUCUUCUGGUGUAUUCACAUGCUUCUAUGGAAACCAUCUUAACCAUGGAGUGACUAUUGUUGGAUAUGGAGAAGAAGAUGGUCAAAAGUACUGGAUUGUAAAGAAUUCGUGGGGAACUGGUUGGGGUGAACAGGGGUAUGUAAGGAUGGAACGUGGUUAUAGUGAAGAGACGGGUAAGUGUGGUAUUGAUAUGCUUGCAAGCUAUCCCACAAAGUUUGGCAUUGAGUCUAGUGAUACAUCAUUUAACACUAACAUUGAAGAUUCACUCUAUACUACUAAAUCAAAACACAUGGAACAGAACGAGGCGAGUUUACAAGCAGCUACUGCUCAACAGCCAGUAUCAGUAGGAAUAGAUGCUGAUGGUUUUAUCUUUCAGCUCUACUCUUCUGGUGUAUUCACAUGCUUCUGUGGAAACCAUCUUAACCAUGGAGUGACUAUUGUUGGAUAUGGAGAAGAAGAUGGUCAAAAGUACUGGAUUGUAAAGAAUUCGUGGGGAACUGGUUGA